UCGCUGUUCUCGUCGGCUAGACAGUUGUUCCAAUGCCAGCACACCAACGAGCACCGCAUUAGAUCAUACAAAUCUAGAUAAGAGAACACAUGCUCAAGAACCCGACUGGGUAGCCUGCCUGCUAUUCCCACACCUCCGCCGGCUGCGACGAAUGAGUUCCCGGCAGAGCUACAACUGGCAGCGGCUGCGCCGAUGCAAGACUGCGCCCCUCCGGCGGCCGCUCCCGACAUAUUUGUCUAAUUGAGGACGCCGACCGAUAAAUUGUGUUUCACAGCAUAAAUUUCUAACUAAAAUGAAUUAAAACGGACCAUUUUUAACAAUACGAGCCUAAAUCACGGCGGUGGUAUUGUUCUGCAUGUAUUUCCAUGGACCCAGCCCGGGUUGGUAAAGGGAGAAGCAAAAUGCGAAAUCCAGUCAAGGUCCCGGAAAUUACGACAUCAUGUGACAUGGGCACAAAGGAGACUCGAUGUACUCGGAAGUGACGUCGGUUGCCGGAGGAAUGUUUGUGCGCAGUGAGAGCCAAGCAGAAAACAGCAGCGUCAACCAGAGCCAGUGAGAACAAAAAUACAAAAAACCAAAAGUUAACAUCUGAGCCUGAAGAACAGCAGUCGGAAACUGAGAAAUUACAACCUAUCUGAACAGUGUGCAUUAUGAACCCAGUGUACUGCCCUGCACCAACAGGAGUCCCCUAUGCCAAUCAAAAGGGACAUUUGGUAGGAUACCCAGGUUAUGCUCCAGGUACUCCUUUUAAAAUGUCCUGCUCGCCCGCCACGGGGGCUGUCCCACCUUACUCCUCGGCACCCAACCCUUACCCUGGAGCAGUAUACCCUGUGAGAAGCACCUACCCCCAGCAGAACCCCUACGCUCAGCAUCAAGGCACUUACUACACACAGCCGCUGUACGCAGCCCCGCCCCAUGUCAUACAUCACACUACAGUGGUCCAGCCCAAUGGGAUGCCAGCAGCCAUGUAUGCCCCGCCCAUGCACCACCCGCCUCGCCCCCACAAUGGUGUUGCCAUGGGGAUGGUAGCAGGGACCACUAUGGCCAUGUCAGCUGGAACAUUGUUGACACACUCCCCGAAUCCCCUCGCCCCCCACCAAGUCGCGAUGCCCCCAUACCGACACCCAGGCACGCCCACCUACAGCUAUGUGCCACCCCAGUGGUGAAGUGAUGGCACUGUCAGAAGAUGGUAGAUAUGCAUCGACACUCCCGUCCAGUGGUCUACAGCUGGUGGUGAUGAUUAUGACCCCCUUCAGCUGUUCUUCCUUCCUUUUUAUAGGCGUGAUGCGAAUCUGAAUCCUAACCAUACAUCAACAGGUCUGUUCAGAACGGGAUGAAGAGAAUCUUCCCACUCCUGACUAUUCCUGUUUGGAUUUUAACGCUAUCCCAGAAUCCUUCGCUCACUCUGCUGCAUAUCUUCCGUCAGAUGGCUACUGGAAGUCUCCUCCAUGCAAACUUGUGUUUUGUGGACUGUCUUUAGAAACGUGUAGUUAACUAUUUUAAGUCAUUAAAAGAGAGUUUGGAUGAGUUUUUAUUUUUGGGAUCCAUAUCGAGGUAAAUGCGUGUGUGUAUGCUAAAUAACGCUCGCUCAAUCUACCUGAGACAUGCAAAAUCACCAAAAAGAUUGAAUCUAAAGGAACUAAGAAUAAGAACUGCAAUUGUUUUAGCACUGAUAUCGUGUCUUAAUUUGAAACCUUAAAUAAGAAAGGGGGGGGGGGGGAUUUCAUACAAACAAACCUAAAGAUGGAAUCCUCAGUAGGGAGGGGGGAAACGGUGCCACUGGCUGCCCCCACCACUGUUAUGUGCAGUAUGUUUUGUGUUCCUCAAUUUCUCGUGUCAGAGGGGGAACUACAGCGUUGGUUGUUUUGCAGUGGUGAUAUCACAAACGGAUAUGGCUGUUUCACCAUUAACGAUUCCAGCUUUAGGAUUACUACUGAAAGCCGUGUGGGUUUUUAUUUGACUUGUUUUUAGUAACGUUGCUGGCAGAGUAUUAUUUCCCUAGAUGACGCUGUGUCGACAUUUUGUCUGUUGGGCCAUUACUAUUAUUUAUUUUUGUUCAGUUUUGUGCCUCUGUGUCCAUUCCAACACUAAAUCAUUCUCCACACUCUUUGCCCAUUGGGAGAUGUUGUGGACACAGAGUUCAGACAGAUAAUUGGACCAUUUGUCCUAAGAUCCCCUACAUCAUGACAGCAGAAUGAUUACGGACCUGUCGUGACAUGUGAUCUACUACUGGUCGCCAAAGGAAAGUCUUCUAUUGACUAACUAUUAACUACUUAACUACUUGGACUCAGUCCUGCAGACAAUGAGUGAUUGUGUAUAAUUCUAUUUUCAGAGGUUGAAAAUACUGAAACCGUUGCAUGUACAGAUGUUUGUAUGCUUAUAUGUAUGUAUCAUACCUGAACAUGUCUACUGAUUCCUUUGUGUCAUUGGUUUGGGCUUAACCACACCAAGAGCCACAAACGUUUUAAAAUCAAUGCUAACCUGAGACAUUUUCAACAGGUUUGAGACUUUUAUUAAAUUAUUCAAUGUAUUAUAAUUUUCUAAGCACUACUGGAAGAGAAGAAACAUUAAAUUCUUAUUUGAGACACAGUUUUAAGGAAGCCAGUACUUAACUGAAGUGAGAUGUCUCUCCCAAGUUACCUCAAGACUCCACCAGAACUCACCCAAUUUUAUAUCAUUGUCUGAGUCACUCGUCUAUCUAAUCUAAGUCACCUCAGUUACUGAAUCUGUUUUGUAAUGUGUUUUUGGGUUGUCGAGAAAGACUACAAAAUAAAUACUAUUAUGAGAA